UUUCAUUAAACACACCCACACGUACUCUUACAUGUGCGCUUAAACACACACAGGCAGGCCUAGCCAUCUCAAGCAUAAAAUCUGCUUUCAUCCUUGUAAACUGCCUUAUCCAGUCAGACUGCCGUGUCUUCCUAGUGGUGUGUAACUUCUCUCUAACAGCCAGAAAUUUCCUGUUCAUGAAGCGUACAGCUGCCUUCUAUUUGAUUGUGAAGUGCCUUUGAAAAAAGGUUUUUGUUCAAAUGCAGAUCAUAGACAUGUGUCUCCUGUAAGAAUGGUCCCACUUAGUCAGUAGCCUUUCUUGGUGUUUAACCCUCUUUUGAGGUGAUAUACUGUUAAUGUUAUAUUGUUAUUGUGUGAAACCUGUUUAGCUUUUGUUUUGUGUUAUUCACGUUCAGCGUUCUUCCUCGUAUUUUAGUUUCCUUUUGUUUAAUGUGUUUAAUAAAUGUUUAUUAACCUGCCUCGCUUCCUGAGUUACAUAUUAUUUAUUCAUACAACUGUAUUUACAAACAUACUUCUAAAAUGUGCAGGUGUAUGCCUUUCACCUAUAUUUGGCCUCAGGAACAUUCUCUAACUUCUCAAAUUUUACCCUUGAAUCACUGUAUUUCUGUAUUUAUAGUAAUGAGUUACACAGGACAUCAGGGAUCCCAAUUACAUAUGAAUUAAAAUCAUGUGGUUUUUAUGCUUUUAUAGAGGUUGUUUCCAUGUCAUUGUGAGCAUGUUGAGUAAAAUUCUGUGAAGUUUGGUUUUUUUUGUCUUACUAAAGACUUUCAGUAUCUGCGGAAUAUAGACGAGAGUAGCACAAACCUUAUAUGUACAUUUGUUACAGAUAUCUUAAUUUUUUAGGCACAUGUUAAAUUUUGGCAUACAGGUAUGUUAAUUUGUUAGGCAUAUGUUAAUUGUUUAGGCAUAUGUUAAUUUUUGUUCUAACAACCAAAUGUAGCCUUUGGUUUUUGUAGUGAUGCAUGGUUGUCAUGGUGAAACAGUAACACAGAUUGUGAACUUCUGUUCAUGCGACCACCAGUAUGACCACUUCCUGUGUGCAUCCCCUUUGCAGUGUGUAGACUGAUUCCUCAGUACUACAGAAGCAGAGCCUUCUCUUAAACUAACAACAACAACCCAUAAAACACAGCCGUGUGCUUGAAUAUGAGCGUCUGAACAGAGUUAACAGGGCUACUGGUAGACUUGAUGACCACUGCGACUCGGAGGAAAAUGAGUAUCACGAGCCUGAGGAGCCAAUCAAACACUUUUACCCUCCUAGAACAAAGAAGGCUGAUUCUCAGUAUGCAGAUAGGCAUCCUAUGAAAACAUGGGCUUCUGAGAGUGGAGCAGAAGAUUACAGGAAGGCUAUGGACCUUCCUCCACAACUCCCCAGGAGAGCAGCAGGAAAUAUAGCACCGCUUAUAAACAGGGAUCUGAAACCAGGCAGACGGCCAAAGAUUACAACAGAAAGAAGAUCAAAGACUUUAGGCUCUAAUGAACCGAACACCAUCAAGAUUCCACCAAGACCAGUGAAAUCUUUCCCAAGAGACCAGGGGAGUGAGUCAUAUUUCACAGAUACCUUGUCUCAGAAUACCCAUGCAUUUCACCAUCAUAUCGAUUCACCCCCAACCAGACCCCCACCCAACACCCCCUUCUGUCCUGCCACAAACUACACAACCCCCCAGCCAGGCUCAAGUCCAGAUGGCAGUGAGGGUGUUAAAGAGAGCAGGUUAUUGGUAACCAGGUUCAGGAAUGACUCCUCCCACAGACACUCCCUGGAUCUGGAGUCUCACGAUCUGCAUCAAAGCCAGUCAAAGCAAAGGAACACAGGCUCAGAUUCAGUGAGAAAGCACCAUGAGUGGCCACAGGUCAAAGCAGACAGUGAGAACAGAAGCUACACCGGACACAGCAAACCAAAAGAGGUGUCUGCAGAACAGGACUGGUACGUAGGGGCCUUCAGCAGAGCGGAGGCAGAGCACGCACUGCACCUGGUGAACCAGGAAGGAGCUUUUCUAGUGCGUGACUGUUCCAGGAACACUACCCAUGAACCCUUUGUCCUGGCUGUCUUCUACGAUAACAGAGUGUUCAACAUUCAGAUCCGCUUCUGCAUGGAGACCUGCAAAUACACACUGGGAACCCGGAUAAAGACCACUGAUACGUUUGACUCCGUGGCUGACAUCAUCAAAUUCCACUCCAUCUUCCCCAUCAUGCUCAUUGAUGGACGGAACCCAUUAGCAAUGUCCAGUCAAAAGAGACACUGCAUCCUAGUGUAUCCAGUCACAAUCCAAGAUAUGAACCAACUACUGAGCUAAACCACGGACUUCGCUAGUUUUUAUUAUACAACUACAAUGAUGUUUAAUUCAACACACAGCCAUGUAUUAACAAAUGUCAGUACGAAUAAAGUAUGUUUAG